AGCUAAGCUCUGAUCAGCUCUGUGGAAUCUUUCUUUUCUAUUAAAACCUUUUUACUUAUUAUCCACAUCUGACUCCCCGUUUUUAUUGAAUUUCCACCACAGUAAUCAAUAUUUUUCCACCGCAUUUAAUACAUUGUACAAGGAGACGUCAACCGAACAUGAACAUCCGCAGACAGAUUUCUUCUUGGAACAAGAAGAAGAGACAACAGGUGGGAGUAGCUGUUCUGUUUGUCAUGGGCGCUUUGUGUUUGGUUAUAAUACUGGGACCAAAUCUGCAGGACAGCAAUGAGGAAAACACUGGAGAACUGUAUCAGGAAACUGAAUUUAUGUCAGCAGAGCCCCUUCAGACAACAGAACCUCCUAUCAAAUGUGAAAGAAAUUUUUCUGCUUCCAAAGUCACAGGAUUUUCCGGCCUGCCACUUCACAUCCAAGACUUCCUGUUUUACCGCCAUUGCCGUUAUUUCCCAAUGCUGCUGAACGUUCCCAAUAAGUGUGGUGGUCCACAGAAUUCUGCACACGUGUUUCUUCUGCUGGUCAUCAAAAGCUCUCCGGCGAACUACGAGCGACGGGAGGUCCUGCGUAAAACGUGGGCAGCAGAGAGGAUGCAGUAUGGCAAACAGAUUCGCACGGUGUUCUUGUCUGGGACCAGUGGAGAUGGCUACCAUAAGAUGAGGCUGAACAAACUCCUGUGGCUGGAGAACCGUGAACACCAAGACAUUCUGCAGUGGGACUUCAAGGAUUCCUUCUACAACCUCACCCUGAAACAGGUCCUGUUCAUGGAGUGGCUGGAGAGAUGGUGUCCCAAUGCACACUUCCUCCUCAACGGAGAUGAUGACAUUUUCGCUAACACAGAUAACAUGGUGGAGUAUCUGAAAGGGCAGAGCAACGGGGAUGGAAACAAACACCUCUUUGUUGGAAGCUUGGCCUUUUAUUUGGGUCCCAUUCGAACCAGAGGCAGUAAAUAUUACGUCCCAGUCCAAGUGCAUGAGUCAGACCGCUAUCCUCCCUAUUGUGGUGGAUGUGGAUUUUUGCUCUCGCGAUUCACUGCCAGGGCUAUCCACAAUAUGUCCCAGUCCAUCACCAUGAUACCCAUUGAUGAUGUUUACAUAGGCAUGUGUCUGGAAAAGGCUGGUCUCAAACCUGAGUCACAUAUGGGUGUGAGGACUUAUCUCCUGAGUGUUCCCUCUCAGAAGAUAGACUCACUUGACCCCUGCCACUAUCGUGACAUUCUCCUGGUCCACAGAUUCCACCCUUAUGAGACUUUUCUCAUGUGGCAUGAAAUCCAUCAGGAUGAUUUGAAAUGUUGAAAGACUUAAAGUAUUACUGCAACAUAAAGGGUGGGAUGAAUUUAAGA